GACUGCCGUCUGCCGAGUUGCUGCGAGGCGAGCAAGAAAAUUGUUGUGCAUAAAUUGUAAAUUGGGAAGCAUAUAACGCCAUUGACUACAGAAUGUCAGCGUUAAUGAAAUCUCUUUCUCUGGUCAAAAAGCUAAGCGCUGUCAAUCCAGCUCUGCAGGCCCACAUUGUCCGCAAUCUCGCCGGCUGGAAUAAGGACUACAAACCGGGACCAUAUCCAAAAACGGAGAAGGAACGCGAGGCAGCUGCCAAGAAAUAUUAUCUGCUGCCCGAAGAGUACAAACCCUACGCAGAUGAUGGCCUCGGCUAUGGCGACUAUCCAAAAGUUGGCGGCGGCCUCGGUGUAGAGCAUAAAGAUAACUACUAUCCUUAUGACUAUCCCGAGAUCAAACGCAAUUUUAAUGAGCCAAUUUCAGUGGAUCAUGAUUUGUACAGCGAAGAUCGCUACUCGCAGCCCGAUUAUCCCCGCUACAGCAAAAGCUACUAUAUGUUGUGCUUUGCUGGCGUUAUGGGUGGAUGCCUAGCCCUAUACUACUGGCUCGAGGAUAAGAAAAUGUAUCGGCCAGUGGCUGCCAAGCAAUAUCCCGCUGACGGCGUCAAACACUACACCUUCGAACGUUAGGGAUGCCAAGGCGGAUAGAAGCUUUGUGUGUAGUUUUCUAUUUUUUGUUUUGCUCCGCCUUUGUCAUUAAUUAGGCAAUUUACCAACGCAUAUGUACAAUUAAAAAAAAAAAAGAAACAAUCGAAA